GGACAGCUGCCUCUUUUUAAAAAAAAAAAAUUAGUUUUCACUCACAUGGCUUGGUCGGAGCUAAAAGUUCUUAUCGCCAUAACCUAAAGGGGAGAGAGGGGGGCAAAGCCCGGCUGAGAGGCCAAUAUGUCUGCGUCCGUCCGAGCCAAUUCAGCGCCAAGUUCGUCGAGGCCGAAGCGAGCAUCGGACACCACAGUGGCAGAGCUGAAUAUUCAAGUUCCAGCAGAGACCAAAAAGAAACAGCCUCUACCUGCCAAACAUCUGGGCAUUCCGGAUGAGCUCCUGGUCAGCCUUACCUCCACUGUUUGCAAAGGGAGCACACAGGGGCACACCUCACACCGGCGGCAAUGUGAGAGCUGUGGAAUCAGACGACCUGAUGCAGUCUGGCAUCAUCCACUUGGACGCAAGAAAUACAAAUAUUUUCUGGAGCAGCCUAUGUCCUUCACUACAGCUGGGAGGGAUAUUUCAUUUCUGUGUGAUGCAGUAGUCAGCCAGAAGAAAACAACACCCCUCCCUCCAGUGAGUGAUAAGAAUGGCGUGGGCGACACACAGGACUUGAGUAUUUCAGACAGUGUGAUCCCUGAAGAGUAUCACAUAGUGAAAAACAAAGGAAUACAGUCUCUCGAGUUCUACGAAGAUGCCUUCACAGUGCAGCUUAAGGAUGAGGAGCAGAAGUUACGGGUCCUUCCAUCACUAAGGCCCAGUGGCAGACUGGAAGUGGUCCAGCUGAUGACUAUGAUGGAUGACAUGCUGGAGAAGGCUGGAGUGGAUCAGCAGAAAGAUGAACUGACUGAGCUCUCUCAACUAGAGGGUCUACUUGACCUGGUGAAGACUGAGCAGAACAUCUACAACAUCGUUUUCCAUGAGCUCAUCAGGCAGGUUUCUGUGGGCUGUGCCGAGAGAGGACAACUACUCGCCAAACUUAGACAGCGCUACCAGUCUUUGUUGGAUAGAAUCCCACGCCGUCUGAGGGCCCUACACACAGAGACAGUUGCACAACGGGCUCUGGAUCGCCGGCUCACUGAAGAAAUCAGCCGGAUCAGGACAUCCAUACAGGAGCUGAACAUGGAACUGUCCAGAAUCAGAGACCAUGAUGUUCUUGUGUCCCAGCAGGCAGAACACGCUCACCAGCAGCUGGCUGAGGCACUCAGACAAACUCACAGCUGCUCAGAGGUGGUUCAGAGUUACCACGAGCUGUAUGAGCUACAAAGGACUCGCCUGGAAUCUCAGCUGUCCCACAUGACUGAGAACAGAGACUACUGGAGCCAGCUUACCUUCAGACUUGCCCUAAAAGUGGUCAGUGUGAAGAGGCUGCAUGUGGUUAGUCGUCUGCAUGUGAGUCAGCAAGGGUGGUUCAACGCAGCUAACAACUGCCUACUCUUCCUCUCCUCAAAGGAUACAGAGGACCUUGAUAAUGUACUGGAGUGUGCUGACAGCUGGAAAGAGCAUUUGGCUGCUUUCAUAUCUGAGCUGAAGAAAACUGAGCAUGCUCAAUGCGCACAGAUCAGGGCCACCAAGGAAGACAUUGCCAAGUGGUUCUCCUUCCUCUCUGCACAAAAUGAGUGUGUCGAACCAACAUAUGACAAAACGUCUGUGGAAGAAAUUCAUGCUGAUUUGAAGCAGUGGUCUGAUAUGUUGUUACACCAGUGUGAUCAUUAUCAAGGUGAAGAACAGUUUAACUGUCAGCAGAAACUGGGGAUACUUCGCACUAUGCAGGACAACUGGUUGAAUAUCAGCCUUCAGCUGUUUGAAAGACACCUCUCUCCUAACGUUGAAGCCCCUCAAGGCCAACGUGUCUUAAGAGAGCUGGAAAAGAACCUUUUUGAGCUCCUGAAACAGCUGGACCUGCAAGUCAACGGGGAGAGUGGCAUUUCUGGACUCAUCAUGACACUGCUGCGGUCGAUGGAAUCCUGGAUUUCCAAAACAGCUGCAGCAAUUGGACAGCCAGAAGUGAUGGCUCCCUCUGAUUGGCUAAAGCUUGAGGGAGAUUUGGAUGACUGGCAGAUAUUAAUUGAAGAAAAUGCAGAGGACUUCUCAUCCACAGAGAGAGAAACCCAAAUGGACAUGAAUAAGAUGGACAUAUACACAAAGACAGAAAAGUUGAUUCAUGAUGCCCAGGAGCUCACAACCAGCCUUUCCGACUUCAUUUACAGUGAGAACGAGAGGCUCAGAGAAGAGGUCAGCUCUGCUCACAUGGCUCAGAUACGUUGGAUGUUGGAUUUGUUGCUGGUUAUGGUACCUGACCAUGUAGAAGAGCUGCCCCAAGAACAGGAGCAACACAACACCACAAAUACCUCACUAAAGACUCUGGAUGGGGAUGCCAGAAUGCUGACUGACAAACUGGACUACAUAUCAGUUUACAUUACCAGAUCAUGCAGCCUGAUUCUGGAGGAGCAGGCACUCCAGGUCACAUAUAAAAAAAAGGGAGAGGAUGAGUUCGAUGAGUUUAGAGAACUGCAGAAAAACUGUGUUGAUUGGACAGAGACCUGUAAAUUACUCCUGGCAAAAGUCCACGGUGAUCCUCUGGAGAUGCCUAUCAAGCAGCUUGCUCUCACAUCCAGCAGCUCUGAUCCAGGAUCCAGGGCAGAAACUCAGGUGUCGACAGAAGCAUCGGUUGAGCUUACGACAGACGAUGUCAACGAGAUUAAAGAGGAGACUGACGAAGAUCAAAGAGAGGGGGAGCUAACAGAAUGUAAGAGCCCUUCAGUGAACAUGAUAAGCUACGAUGGGAACAUUACACAAAGAAAUCUGGGAGAGAGCAGUGUGCACGUGUCUGGGAUUGAAGAGCCUGUUGUGUCUCCUACAACAGAAGAAGCCCAGAAAGCUCUCAGUGAUCUCACCACUUUGGGAUCACUGCAGAGAGAAUUGUAUGAUUCUGAGGUAAGAACAAGAAGCGCUGAGGAGCGUGCCCUGAAAGCUGAGGAAGCCCUACAGGAAGCGCUAGAGAAGAUUCAAGACCUUGAGAGACAGCUGCCGAGUCAACCCGAUCCGGAGCCCAAAGCUACUGAGGAGAAACAGAAAACACCUCCUCCUUCCCCACCACCCCCUUCCCCACCACCAGUGGCUACACCAUCUCCACAAAAGAAAACAGCUGAAGCUCAACCAGCAAGCAGCACCAAAAAGACCAAGAAAAAGUGAUCUGGCAUGUGGUCAGGAAUCAUUAUGCUAUUAUGCUAUUCUUAUACAUUUUCCUCCAUUUGACCAGAAAGGAAAACUUUGCAUACCAAAUUUAGCUUCUGGUUUUAUAUUCAGUUUCCUAAUAGAAAGGAUCAUUCAUGAGUGCAGCACCUAAGUAUUAAAAGUUUUCAGCUUUAAGUUUCAUUUGCACUGUGUAACAGCUCACUGUGGCUUU